AUGGGCAUAUCAGCUAGAUGGGGAUUGUGCUUAACUAUUGUUGUUAUAUCUUGUGUCAUAUCUUCAAUUUAUCAUUCGGGCAUUAACUGUCUACUACGUGUUCUUCCUAAAAGUAAUAUAUUGCGAAAAUAUGGAGAAUUCGAAUUAGUCCUUAUGGUAUUCUCUUAUGUAAUAAGCGGCUCUAUUUCCUUAUUUGCUGCAUUAUGGUCUUUCCCAGCUGAUCAGGAUCAGGUGAAGACAAAAAUACAAAAAGAGGAUGUUGAAUGCGAAAGUAUGCUGAUCUAUGUCCCCUCGUACCUUUCAGCUGAUAUUUCUCAUCUGGAAUUAGCUUCAUAUUUAAUAAUACUAAUGAUUUUCUGUUCAAUUCUCAUAUUAUGUCUAUUUUGGAGAUUUUCCAUUAUAUUCGUUAAUAAGAAUAUGGCUGACUUAUCACAGAAGUCACGUAGUCUUCAUAAAACAUUCAUUCAUACAUUUGCUCUACAGGCUAUCGUUCCAUUGAUAGUGGCUCUGUGCUGUAUUGCCUACCUGACCAGCGUUCUAAUGAUCCGGAAAAAGACACAAGGACUCGGCAAGCUAUUUGUUCUAAUCAUCCUAUUAAGUUGUUCCUUCGAUUUCUUGGUAACUCUGAUAGUCAUUAAGCCAUAUUAUAAUUACUUGAGAUAUGGGUUAUUCAGCAUAUGUGGAGUUCAAAAUAAUGCUGCAACAACAUAUAGUCAGAAUAUGAACGAACAUCCAGCUCAAUCUUCUUCUUCGUAA